AUGGAUCCAAACAAGCCUCCUGGCCUUGGUGACAUGACCGGCGUCCAUUGGCUGGGACGCGGAAGAGGACUGCAGCCUGAGGAAGUGGCUGUAGGACGCAGUAGAGGGCUGCUGCUCUCAACAGAAGGGCCCAAUGUAGGACGAGCCAGAGGUUUCCCCACUCCUGGCGAUAACCCACAAGGACAAGGAGCCCUUCAACCUAUUGCUGAACCUGUGAUUGGACGAGCUAGAGGGCUACUGGCACAGCCUGAUGAUUUAGGAGUUGGCCGAGCCAGGGGGCUGCUCUUUUCAGUAGCUGAACCAAAAGUCGGGGUUGCAAAAGGGCAAAUUAUGCCUGGAUUGGAGCCACCAGCCAUACCAGACCCAACAGGAGACACCCCAACUUUGAUAACAGAAAAGGGUGACAUGCCCACCCAUGGCCAAGGAUCAUCCCUGGUCUCAAUGUUUAGAGGAAUGGGCAUUGAGCCAUCCAUGACUUCGUGGGGAAGAGGAAUUUUGCCAGUGGGUAGAGGAGCAGCUGGAGAUGUGGCAGAGAUGAAACUGCAAGGGGCCCCACAAGGUGUCAUCAGCAGCCUGGAGAGUGUCAGCCACUCUGGAGACAUGAUGGGCAGAGGCAGCAGUUUCCAUGACCGAGGUGUGUCCCCUCCUGUGAUGGUGGGACUUGGCAGAGCAGCGAUGCCACAGCUUGGAAGAGGACGUGCUGUGCUUCCUUCUUUUCCUCCAGGUGGUAUCAAGUCUGUUGCUCCAACACCUGAGCUGCAAACAGCUCUAUGUUCUUUGCCUUCCCUUACAGGGACCAUGCCCCCUGUGCCUGCCACUCCAGAUGUCACUGAUGACUCUACGGUUCCAGUGGCAAAGAAAGAACUGACAAUGGAGGUGGUCCGUGAGCCACUUAAAAAGGGUGGAACGAAGGGAGCUGCUAUAACUAUUGGGUCAAACCACAUCCCAAUCAGAUGCAAAAACGAAGCUGUGUAUCAGUACCACGUUACAUUCACCCCAAAUGUCGAAUCAAUGUCAAUGCGUUUUGGCAUGAUGAAGGACCACCGCUCAACCACAGGGGAAGUAGUGGCUUUUGAUGGCUCCAUACUCUACCUGCCUGUUAAACUUAACGACGUGGUUGUUCUCAAGAGUUUGAGACGGACCGAUAACGAGGAAAUACAAAUCAAAAUCCAGAUGACGAAGAUUUUGCCGCCAAACUCUGAUCUUUGCAUCCCAUUCUACAAUGUGGUGCUCAGAAGAGUGAUGAGGAUCAUCGGACUGAAGUUGGUUGGCCGAAAUCAUUACGAUCCAGAAAGCGCAGUGAUUCUUGGAAAACAUCGACUUCAGGUAUGGCCGGGCUAUGCAACCUGUAUCAAGCGCACAGAUGGAGGUCUGUACCUGUCUGUGGAUGUGUCUCACAAAGUCUUGCGGAACGACUCUGUGCUGGAUGUCAUGAACAUCUUGUACCAACAGAGCAAAGAGAACUUCCAAGACGAAUGCACCAAAGAACUUAUCGGCAGCAUUGUUAUCACUCGCUAUAACAACCGCACCUACCGCAUCGAUGCCAUUGAGUGGAACAAGUCCCCUAAAGACACCUUCACUUUGAUGGAUGGCACAAAAACCACUUUUGUGGAAUACUACUGCAAGAACUAUGGAAUUACAAUCAAAGAGCUGAGUCAGCCUUUACUCAUGCAUCGGCCAAAAGAGAGGUCCAAGCCAGGAGGCAAGCAAAUCAUUACUGGAGAGAUCCUUUUAGUGCCAGAGCUUUCCUCCAUGACCGGAAUCCCUGACAAAAUGAGGAAGGACUUCAGAGCUAUGAAGGACUUGACCAUGCACAUCAACGUGAGCAGUGAGCAGCACACCCACUCAAUAAUGCAGCUGCUGAAGAACAUCAGCGCCAAUCCUGAGAGUCUGAAAGAGAUCAGCCGAUGGGGACUGGAGAUUGGCAAAGAAAUACUGGUGAUUCAAGGUAGAACUCUUCCCCUUGAAACCAUUUGUCUGCAGUCUUCAUCUUUUGCUACCGGUGCCGAUUUGUCCUGGUCCAGAGAGAUUGUGAGGGACGCUUCAAUCAGCUCUAUUCCUUUGAACAUCUGGGCCAUCUUCUACCCUCGCCGCUGUGCUGAUCAAGCUGAUGAGCUGGUUUCCACCUUUACCAAGGUGGCCGGGCCUAUUGGGUUAAGACUGGGGCGACCCAUUCGUGUGGAGCUGAGGGAUGAUCGGACGGAGACUUACGUCAAGAGCGUCCACUCUCAGCUCACCAGUGAGCCCAAUAUGCAGCUUGUAGUGUGCAUUAUGGUCGGCAAUAGAGAUGACCUCUACAGUGCCAUCAAGAAGCUGUGCUGUGUGAAGAGUCCCAUUCCAUCCCAGGCCAUCAAUGUUCGGACAAUUUCCCAGCCACAGAAGUUGAGGAGUGUUGCCCAGAAGAUACUCCUACAGAUGAACAGCAAGUUGGGCGGAGAGCUGUGGACUGUCAAUGUUCCUCUGAAACAUUUGAUGGUAGUUGGAGUUGAUGUCCACCAUGACACCAGCAAGGGCCAUCAGUCAGUCAUGGGGUUUGUUGCGAGCGUAAACAGCUCACUGACCCGCUGGUACUCCAGAGUAACUUUCCAGGCACCCACUGAGGAACUGAUCAAUGGCUUCAGAGUUUGCUUACUGGCUGCACUCCAGAAGUACUAUGAGGUGAACCACAACUUGCCAGAGAAGAUUGUGGUGUACCGGGAUGGUGUGUCAGAUGGCCAGCUGAAGAUGGUGGAGCAGUACGAAAUCCCACAGUUGAUCAAAUGCUUUGAGACUUUUCCCAAGUAUGAGCCCAAGCUGGUCUUCAUUGUGGUCCAAAAGCGCAUCAGCACCACUCUGUACUCCUGGGCUGGCAACAGCUUUGGCACGCCUCCUCCUGGAACUGUCCUCGAUCACACCCUCACUCAAAAUAACUGGGUGGACUUCUUUCUGAUGGCACAUCACAUUCGCCAGGGCUGUGGACUUCCUACACACUACAUCUCUUUGUACAACACAGCAAACCUUACACCAGACCAUCUGCAAAGGUUGACUUUCAAGAUGUGCCAUUUGUACUGGAACUGGCCAGGCACCAUUCGUGUUCCAGCACCAUGCAAGUACGCCCACAAACUGGCCUUCCUGUCUGGCCAGUACCUGCACUCUGAGCCGGCCAUCGAGCUGUCAGACAAGCUCUUUUUCCUUUGA